GUCUCUGUGGUACUUACAUGUUCCCUUGUUCCCCCCCUUCGGCGGCAGUACAGGGUAGGGCUUAGAAAAAGGUUGUGCUAUGGCUAUCGUAGAUAGGUGCUCGAUUAUUUCAGAGCUGAUAUCCUGAAAGGUCAGCGUGAGCAUGAGCACUGGGGGUAGGUCUUUUUUGUAUCCAUCUUCCCUUUCCAUUCUCUCAUUUACAACUCCACUUUGCUGUGCCCACCAACCAGCAACCACCAUGGAGCGAACCACAAAUUUCAUCAAGAGCCAAAUCCCAUCCAAAGCAACCCUCAAGCAAAGAUGUACAUCUCUCCAAAGCUGGCAACUUCCCAAACAAUCCAGCGCUCUCGCCCCCGACAACGUCUGGACCAACAAAGAUAUGGAUCCCUCGCCCCCUCAAGACCAAACUUGGACCAUCUGGACGUGGAUCGCCUACUGGGCCACCGACUGCAUUAAUUUAGGAACCUGGGAAACCGGCAGUUCCAUCAUCGCCGUGGGUCUCACAUGGCGUGAAGCGAUUCCGAUAAUUUUCGUCGGAAAUCUCUGUGUAGCGAUCCCGAUGGUAUUGAAUGGCGCGAUUGGAGCUUUUUUACACAUUCCUUUUGCGGUAAUUGUGCGAUCGGGGUUUGGAUAUUACUUUGCGUAUUUUGCGAUUGUGUCGAGGUCGAUUUUGGCCAUGUUUUGGUUGGGGAUUCAAGGGGCGAAUGGGGCGAAAUGUUUGACGGUGAUGCUGUCUUCCAUUUGGCCUUCGUAUAAUGAGAUUCCGGAUCGCAUUGGAUAUGAGAGGCAGGGGAUUUCGUCGCAGGGGAUGAUUAGUUAUUUUUUGUUUUGGAUUAUUCAGUUGCCGCUUUUGCUGAUUCCGCCGACGAGAUUGCGUUGGCUGUUUGUUGUUAAGUUGAUUGCGGCGCCUGUUACUGCUAUUGCGACUAUGGCUUGGUGUAUUCACAAGGCGGGAGGUGGAGGACCACUCUUUGAGCAGAAACCGACGGUCAGUGGUUCGACUUAUGCAUAUCUCUGGCUGAGCUGCAUGUCGUCUGUCACCGGGUCAUGGUCUACACUUGCUUGCAAUAUCCCGGACUUCUCGCGCUAUGCAAAGUCCACAAAAGGACAAUACGUGCAACUCCCAGCUCUCCCAAUCAUUUUCACUUUAUGUGGCGUGAUUGGCGUGGUCACUACUUCGGCGACGAAUGUCAUCUGGCCUGAAGAUGGAUAUUUGUGGAAUCCUUUGGAUAUCAUGACGCAUUGGCAAGAGAAUGGACACGGAGGGCGAGCGGCUGCAUUCUUCGCUGCGACUUCCUGGUAUAUUGCUACUGUUGGUACGAAUAUUACGGCCAACAGCAUCUCCGCAGCAAACGACCUCACAGUCCUCUUCCCCAAAUGGAUCAACAUCUACCGGGGCUGCAUCCUCGCCGCCAUCAUCGGAGGCUGGGUCAUCGUGCCCUGGAAAAUUCUCUCCUCAGCAACCACAUUCCUCGCCUUCAUGGGCGGAUACUCCGUCUUUCUCGCGCCCAUUGCCGGAAUCAUUUGUUCGGAUUUCUGGCUUGUCAAAAACCAACAUCUCGACGUACCCGCUCUCUACAAUCCACGAGGAAGAUAUCGAUAUUGGCAUGGAAUCAAUUGGCAAGGUUUUCUCGCGUUCUUGGUGGCUGUGUUGCCGAAUCUUCCGGGGUUGGCGGAGUCGAUUAGUGCGAAUUUGAAAAUUUCCGAGGGUGCGAGGAAUUUGUAUACGAUUUGUUGGUUGUAUGGGUUUGUGUCGAGUAUUGUGGUGUAUGUUGGUUUGCAUGCUGUAUUUCCUGCGAAAGCGAGUUUGGUGGAGAGGACGAUUGAUGGGGUGGAGGUGGUGAGUGAACGGAAGGAGUAUAGUACUAGUCGAGAGGGGAGUGAGGAUGAUGAGGAGAAGAGUCAGGGGGGUGAGAAACAUGUGGAAAAGGUGAGAGUUCGGGUUGAGCAGGAAGAAGAUGAUAUUAAACCUGUUGGACAUAGUUGA